CGGCCCAACUUGGGCCCACCUGACCUUUUGUGGUACAAAUACGAGCUUCGUGCUAGUUAGGGCUCUCCAUUCGAUUACAAAGCUCAGAUAUUUUUUCAGAUUGUGCUCCGCCGUCGAAUCCUCCUCCAAGUUUCGCCUUUUCGCACAACAGAGAAACAGAACUCGUAAGCAUGCCGAAGAACAAGGGUAAGGGAGGAAAGAACAGGAAGAGAGGUAAGAACGAGGCUGAUGACGAAAAGCGUGAGCUUGUGUUUAAGGAAGAUGGACAGGAGUAUGCCCAAGUGCUCCGAAUGCUUGGCAACGGUCGGUGUGAAGCCAUGUGUAUAGAUGGGACCAAGCGACUUUGUCACAUCCGUGGUAAGAUGCACAAGAAGGUUUGGAUUGCAGCUGGCGAUAUCAUUCUUGUCGGUCUUCGUGACUAUCAGGACGACAAAGCUGAUGUGAUCCUCAAGUACAUGCCUGAUGAGGCUAGGCUCCUCAAGGCAUAUGGAGAGCUUCCAGAGAAUACACGUCUCAACGAGGGUAUUGCUGGGGGUAUUGACGAUGAAGAAACCGAAGGCGGUGUUGAUGACUAUAUUGAGUUUGAGGAUGAAGAUAUCGAUAAGAUAUAGGUUUUCAGAUCAAAACUUUACUUCGAUAUUAUGUUUUGCCGUUAAUGAUUGGCAGUUACUUGUCAAUAGUAUAAGCUAAACUUGGAUUGGCAGUUGGCUUUGUAUGGUUCUGUAUUUCCCGAUGGUGGGGAAUUGGUUAUGUUUCAUGUAACAUCUGUUAUUGCUAAUAUAUUCGUUAUGUUUGUCUUCUUUUUCGAA